UCACUAAGUGAAAAAUGAAAAGUAUCCAGGGAAGCGAAGAAAGAAGCUGAGUGGAAUCCUCCAGUAUUUUUUCUAAGGCAAAAUAACGACACAGAUAAGAACUUCUACUCAAAGGUAUGUAAAACGACAAUCUGGCCUUGGAUCUCUGUAAAUACACUGUAUCAAACAAAAAGAAGGACAUAGACAUUAGAAGUGAAGUUCAAGUACAGAAUACAUGUUGAAAUCCAAAAAAAAAAAACCCAGAAGAAAACUUUUGCAAAAUUGUUUUUGUAUUCUCAAAAGAACUAGAAGCUAUCAAUGAAGAGAGUACUGAAGAUGGAAGAUACAACGACAUGGAGAAAAAGUUAUGAUGGUGAUAUUUUUUCUUAUUCUUGAACUUCCUUCAUCUAGCUCCACAUCAUCUUGACAAUCAUAGACACGAUGCUGCCUCCCAUGGCCCUCCCCAGCCUGUCCUGGAUGCUGCUUUCCUGCCUGAUGUUCCUGGCUCGGGUCCAAGGUGAAGACUCCCAGAAGGAUGUGCCCGCUCCACGGAUCAGCUGUCCCAAAGGCUCCAAGGCUUAUGCCUCCCACUGCUAUGCCUUGUUUAUGACACCAAAAUCCUGGAUGGAUGCAGAUAUGGCCUGCCAGAAGAGGUCCUCAGGACACCUUGUGUCUGUGCUCACUGGGUCUGAGGCAAACUUUGUGGCCUCCCUAGUCAAGAACAGUGCGAACACCUACUCAAAUAUCUGGAUUGGGCUCCAUGACCCCACAGAGGGCUAUGAGCCCAAUGCAGGUGGAUGGGAGUGGAGUAGCAAUGAUGUGCUGAAUUACUUUGCCUGGGAGAGAGACCCCUCCACCAUCACAAACCCUGGCUAUUGUGGGAGUCUGUCAAGAAGCACAGGAUAUCUGAGAUGGAAAGAUUACAACUGUUUUGUGAAGCUACCCUAUGUCUGCAAGUUCAAGGACUAGUUCUGGGGAGACGUGAGGAACCUGAGUUUUGCAUGCAACUCAUCAUGGACAUGGGACCAAGUGUAAAGAAUUCCCCCGCAAGAAACAUUCUCCUAUACCUCUAAACAUGACCACCUCAUUAUGACCUUCCCUUCUUCUCAGCCUUAUUUAAAACUCCUCUGUGUCUUCCAUAAUUUAAGUUUCAAAUGGCAAAAUAAAAAAUAAACAAAUUUAGUCUGUAA